AUGAAAUUCACUCUGUUCACCCAGGCUGCCAUGGCCAUUCCACUCAUCACCGGAGCUUUUGCUACUCCUACUCCUGAUACCUCUGAGGUCAAACGAGCGGAUUGUUCCAUGACAGUCCGAUACAGAACGGACUGUGUCGAGAAAGGUCUAGAGAGAUAUCGAAUGCAGCUUAUCACAAGCCCUCGCAAUGACCGACAUCUCGGUGUUUACUGUGACGCUUUCAAAGUACCCGCUGGUUUUGUCAUUAACCCUCAGUGUUUCUGGGGAGAUGCAUACCUUGUUGACGUCAGCGCUGCUCGAGGUCCUGCAGGGCGAAGAGCAGUUCGAGACGUUCCUAGCAAAGCUUGCAAGGAUUUCGAAGUCUACACCGGGUGCCGAACGAUCAGAGAGUUCUAA